GCGGGGACACGGGACCUCGCCCGCUAGUCUGUGUGUGUGGCCCUCUGAGCCGCCCGGCCAAUGGCGCCCCGACCCCCGGGAACACAGACCCGGAACUGGACUGGCCAUUAUGGAAGAAGAGGUGCAGCAGCACUCACACUGUGUGAGCUGUGUCAGUAGACGGUGUAUGACCAGACCAGAGCCUGGGAUUUCCUGUGACUUGAUUGGUUGUCCUUUGGUUUGUGGAGCAGUUUUCCAUUCUUGUAAAGCUGAUGAGCAUCGACUCUUGUGUCCCUUUGAACGAGUACCUUGCUUAAAUAGUAACUUCGGAUGUCCAUUUACCAUGGCGCGAAAUAAAGUCGCUGAACAUCUAGAAAUGUGUCCUGCAAGUGUGGUGUGCUGUACAAUGGAAUGGAACCGAUGGCCAGUUAGUUACGCAGACCGGAAAUCAUAUGAAAAUCUAAGCAGAGAUGUGGAUGAAGUGGCACAAUUAGACAUGGCCUUGGCUCUUCAAGAUCAAAGAAUGCUUUUGGAAUCUCUCAAAGUGGCCACCAUGAUGUCAAAAGCAACUGAUAAAAUGUCUGAACCUAGAGAACAAAUUUCAGUGAAGUCAAGUGUUCAGGAAAUGCCAUGUACUAAUGGGUUGGUAUCUGUUGAUGAAGAAUCUUAUGGUGCACUUUAUCAAGCUACUGUAGAAACAACCAGAAGUUUGGCUGCUGCUUUAGAUAUCCUGAAUUCUGCCACAAGAGACAUUGGCAUACUAAAUACAAGUCUUCAUGCCACCACAAAUGACAUAGAUGAGAAUAACAGAGAUAGCGUCCAGGACAGAAACUUAAAAGACCAGGACCACCUUCAUGAGGAUGAGAUAGGAGCAGUAGGUGGAGUUGACCAUAAUGGCGCAAGUCAGAAUGCGCAGUUUGAACAAAAUGGUUCAAGUGAUUUGCUGUGCGACUUACAUACAAGUUCUAUUGGUACUUCUACUCUUUGUAAUGGCUUUCCUUUGGAAAAUACAUGUUCACAGGUCAAAGACCAGGAUCACAGUUUUCCUGCAGAUUCCAUAGAAAGAAAUAUAGAAAAUGGAGAAUGUGCAGCAGCAGAUGGUACUUCAGAACCUUCCAGUUCACUUUUAGUAGCAGCACAACUUAGGGAAAUAAUUCCUUUCAGUGCUUUGCCGGAUAGCACAUUUCAACAUAUCCUCAUGCCAGAUGAAGAUGGUGAGGAGGACUUGUAUUGGAAGAAGGUAGACUUAGGGAGCUUGAAGGAUCUUGAUGAAUCGCCCUUCAGUCAUGCUCCUUCAUUCAAGUUUCUUUCUAAUUCAUGGUAUAUACCCAAGGAAGACAAAGCAGUCGAUACAUCAGAUUUAGAAGUUGCAGAAGAUCCCAUGGACCUCCAAGGAAUAGAUCUGAUUACAGCAGCAUUACUGUUUUGUCUGGGAGAUUCUCCAGGUGGGAGGGGUAUAUCAGAUAGCCGCAUGGUUGAUGUUUAUCACAUUGACUUUGGAACACAGACUUUUUCACUUCCAUCUGCAAUAUUAGCUACAGAUACAAUGGUUGGAGAAAUAGCUUCAGCUUCAGCAUGCGAUCAUGCCAAUCCACAGCUUUCAAAUCCAAGCCCUUUUCAGACACUUGGGCUGGAUUUAGUUUUGGAAUGUGUUGCUCGGUACCAGCCUAAGCAGCGUUCAAUGUUUACCUUUGUAUGUGGACAGUUAUUUAGAAGAAAAGAAUUUUCUUCCCAUUUUAAGAAUGUACAUGGUGACAUUCAUGCUGGACUCAAUGGGUGGAUGGAACAGAGGUGUCCUUUGGCUUACUAUGGUUGCACCUAUUCUCAGCGUAGAUUUUGUCCAUCAACACAAGGAGCAAAGAUUAUACAUGAUCGCCAUUUAAGAUCAUUUGGAGUUCAGCCAUGUGUAUCUACAGUAUUAGAAGAGCCAUCUAGAAACUGUGUGUUGGGAUUACGUAGUGACCAUCUAAGCAGUCUCCCAUUUGAGGUACUGCAACAUAUUGCAGGCUUUCUUGACGGCUUCAGUUUAUGCCAGCUUGCAUGUGUAUCUAGGCUAAUGAGAGAUGUGUGUGGCAGUCUACUCCAGUCUCGUGGAAUGGUAAUAUUGCAGUGGGGGAAAAAGAAGUAUCCAGAAGGAAAUUCAUCAUGGCAGAUAAAGGAAAAGGUAUGGCGAUUCAGUACUGCAUUUUGUUCUGUUAAUGAAUGGAAAUUUGCUGACAUCCUAAGCAUGGCUGACCACUUGAAGAACUGCAGUUACAAUGUUAUAGAGAAACGGGAGGAAGCAGUCCCACUGCCGUGCAUGUGUGUGACUCGAGAACUCACUAGAGAAGGACGUUCACUCCGCUCAGUUUUAAAACCCGUGCUUUAAGAACUGUGUUUACUUGCACAUACAGGCAGCACCUGGUCUGAGUUCUUUGUAAUAUGUGACACUGUAUUAAUGUAUUAAAGACUACAACUAGCUAAAUUUUUUGUCACUAUGUACAUACUGUUUUGCUGUGACAUAUAUUUUUAUAAUGUACUGUUAGUUGGAAAAAAUUGCCUUAAUAUUUGAAAUGUGUGAAAUUGUUGGAACAUUGCUAGACAGGGUAAUCUAAUCUUUAUCUGCAUAAUUUUUCAAAUUACUCAUUAAUGGUGUGCAUAUUUAAGUUCUAAAAAUUUUUGUUUCUCAAACUGAAAAGAACUUGACCAAAAAAUUUAUUGUUUAUGCUUUCUGUGGGUUGAAGCCCAUACUAUCAAAAGCAAAACUUUGAUUCAAAAUUUUUCCUGCAUAGAUUUUUUUUCACAGAACACAUUCAGUUAUUUAAACACUGCCAGAAGAUUGUUAUUAAGUUUUUCUGUUACUUUUCUCAUUAGUGAUCGUAUGUGAUCUCCAGUACUUACAUAAAGGCACAAUAAUGAUUUCAUGCUUUUAAAACAACUCACAGAAAUGCUUUCAUCCUUUUUCUUACUGCUCUUAUGCUAAAAAUGAUCAUAUUCAGUUCUUUUUUCAUUAAAUUACGUAUCUGAGGAGUCAAGGCACAAUGUAUUAUAUGACAGAUUAAAGUAAAAACAAAGCAAGCCUAUGAAUUUAACUUGAAAUUUUUCAUGGUGUUUCAUAUUUUCCUAGGUAUCUAAUGUUUGAAAAGAAAAUAUACCUCACUAUAAGUUUGAAUUUGACAUAUUGUUUGAAUAAAAUUAAAUAUUCAGAAUA